AUGGAGAUGAGAGAUUACAAGGAAUCAAAGACUCACAGAAAGUCCCCCAAGAAUUCUUAGAGAAACAACUAUUUGGAGUAGAUACCAAAAUAGUAACUAGAGACUGACAAGGAUUAGGCCCUGAUAAAAAAAUAUAAGCAGAUUCAAAUAUUAAAUGAGAGCAUUAACGAUUCUACUCUCAUCUAAUAAGAUGAUAUUCUGAUUCCAGAUCAAAGUAACCUAUUCAUAAACAGCAAACAGCAUUUAUCCAAUCAAGGAAUCAUUAACAGAUAAAAGACUUAUAAUCCCUCAGACAUUAAAGGAUUAAAGAAGAAAAACGGUCGCCCAUUAAAACCUCUUCCUAAGCAUUUAUACAUAAUCAAAAGGUAUGAUGCCACUUAGAUUCUAUCAUAACUAAAUGAGAACAGUUCCUACAAUCUAGAUUACUAACCUGGAGAUCUUAAGCUAAUAGGCAAUCAGUUUUCUUCAAAACCAUCACCAAUGCCUACUUAAGCUUAUCAGAACAUUAGCCCAAACGGACCGAGAUUUAAUAACAAAUUUAAUAGUAGUAAGCAAAUUAAUGAUCAUAAGGAACUCUUACAUUUUUUGAAGCAAAAAUAUCAACAGCAGCAUGAUUUCAUUAUGAAACAAGAGUAUCAACUGAUGGAAAACAAGACAACUAUAAAGUAAAAACAUUUCGAUAUAAGAAACUUCGACAAUUAUCAAUAAAAUCAAUAAAUCCCAAUGGAUCAAAAUAUCCAAAGAAACUAGAAGAAUUAGAGCUUGGACAUUUCGAUCAAAUCAGAUUUAUCUAACUAGGAAAGAGACACAGUAAUGGCACUUGAAUAAAAUAAUUUGACUCAAUUAAAAUAAAGCGAAGCUAACAGACAUCGGAAAAUACUUUCCUCUGUGAAUGCAAGGCAAAAGAAUAGCAAUACUCUUACUCCUUUGAAGAAAUCAGAGAGAUCAAGACUUCUAUAAUAAAACUUAUAAUCUAUAAAAACCGAGUAAAUCAACAGUGAUGUAAAAGGUAGUACUGCUGAUUAACUAGAUAGAGUUAAUAAAAUGAGAAAAUCAACGGCAAUGAAUCAGAGACUAAAGCCUAAGAAGAGUCAGAAUACUCACUCGACUCAUCUCCUCCUUUAAUAGAAGAAAAUUGAGGACAAUGAGAAGAUUGAGAAAAUAUUCAAACUUCAAAAAUAGAUUAGAGCUAAAUAUAAUGACAUCUCAGUAACCUAGAGGCAAAUUUCAAAGGAUGAGCCUUAUAAGUAUAUAGUUAUCAGAGGCAAUAACUCAGAGCUAGUUAAAAAAUGUCUUGAUUAAAGAGGCUCAGACUGGCAAGAAAUCAGUUCUAAUAACACUAUAUUUCAUUUCAAGUGGGUACCUUUCUCAAAAGGUAUAAGGUUUGAUUACCUUUCAAGUCAUGGCUAUAAAAAGAUGGUGAAUCACUUUGAAUAUUAAGAGCAAAUUUCUUAAAAAGACUGGUUGAUGAUAAAUCUGUCUAAGUAUUGUGAAUAGCAAAGACUCAAUGUUUUCGAUUUUAUCCCAGUGACUUUCAUUGUAAAUUUGAAUCACCAAUCCUCAUCUUUUGAAAUGGAGAAAUUUAAUACUAUGUUUACAGUAUUAGAGAGAGCAAAUAGUUUAAAGUAUACGAAUACUAACAAAUAUACAAUAGCUAAAACUAUGUAUUAAGGUCACAAUUUCUGGUUAAUUAAACCCCCUGAUUUUAAUAGAGGUCGAGGAGUUUAGGUCUUCAAUAAUUUAGAUUAACUUAAAAGAACUAUUCAGGACUAUUAAUAAGGAGUGGAAAUAAACCUUGGACAAGAUAAGACUCAAAAGUCAGUCGAGUGCUAGCAAAUAGAAAAUAAAUUUGCCCCUGUGCCAUAAGAGUAAUUACUCAAGAAUUUUACUAAUUUGGAAAACGUUCCAAACAUAGUCAAAACUAAUUAGUUUGUAAUCUAGAAAUACUUAGAGAAACCUUUGUUGAUUAAUAGAAGGAAGUUUGAUAUUAGACUUUGGGUAUUGAUAGCUUAAGAUCACAAAUGCUAUUUAUUCAGUGAAGGUUAUAUCAGAACCUCAUCAUUUGAAUUUGAAUUAACUCCUUAAUCCAUUGAGAAGCCUCAUAUUCAUUUGACUAAUAAUGCAGUUCAAAAAUACAAUGAGUAUUAUGGAAACUUUGAAGAGGGUAAUUAGCUCUCAUUCAAGUAAGCAGCUGAGAUGCUGAAAACUGAUGGUAUUAGAUGCAAUUUCUAUGAUAUAAUAAGGGAUGAGAUUACUAAGAUCAUAUUUUGCAUGGAAGUAUUUGGUUAUGAUUUUAUACUUGAUGAAAAUCAAAGACCUUGGCUCAUUGAAGUUAAUACGAAUCCUUGCCUAGAGGAAUCGAGUGGCUUACUUCGUAAGUUGAUUCCAAGAAUGAUUGAUGACAGUCUAAAACUUACUGUUGAUGUUAUCUUUCCUCCUAAAAAGUAAAAAUAAUCUUAGAAAGUUUAAAUUGAGGUUAAGGAAGAAUCAUUAUUAGAAGAAACUGAUAUUAGUAUCUAGCUAGGAUCCUAGCCCGGAAUCGGAUCUGCAGGACCAACACAUAUUCAUAGUAAUGAUCAGGUUCCAACAAUCAAAGUUGAAAGUCCUAAGCCUCGAGCAUUUUCUCAGACCUAAAAAGUAUUCAACAAUGGUCAAAGUUAAUCAAAUAACUCUCAUUAAAACACCAAUUAGCCUCAUUAACUUUCAAGUAAUUAACAAUCUUCUUAAUCAAAAACUAACUUCCCUGUCGAGGGAUACUCUGAUUUUGAUAAUAUGUGGAACUUCAUCUACUAAUUAAAACAGUGA